AUGAAUAAUUACAACGCCAGACGAGAAACAGAAAGCUGUAUACAACGCUAUGCAUUUAGAUCGUUUGUAUGUGUCGUCUUGUCUAUGUUGCUUGGACUCCAUUUUUACUCGCAUUACUGGGUUUCACCGAUUAUCAUAGACGGUGAUAUUUCUGAUAUUAAGAAUGUUAUAACGCAACUGUCAUUUGGUCUUACUGAGAUAAACCGCAAGCACGAACGACUGCAAGGCGAAAUAGAGAGGAUAUCGGAAGCUGUGCCCGCGUUAGCCGCCGCCGCGGGUCGAGCCAGGGAGGCACUCGAACCAUCUAGAAUGAGCCGACAAAGUCUUGACGUCCCAGAUUACGAUCGACAGAUUGCAGAUUUUGCGCUAGAAACAGCCGGCGCUAAAGUCAUAGAUACAGGAAAUACGAUAGAUCAUCUAAUAUAUGAUUCGCCUAUCAGUUGGGCCCUUUACGUGCUUGUAGCUUCUGUCUGCCGCGAAUGCUUAGGUGCUUCUACCAUAAUCCGGCCUGGGACGUUACCAGGGGAAUGCUGGGCUUUCAAAGGCUCGAAAGGUGAAGCAACUAUACGCCUCAUUGGUAACAUUUAUGUGACUGGGAUCAGUUUGGAGCACAUACCACCGCAUAUAUCUCCUACUAAGGAAAUAUCCUCAGCGCCCCGUUUAUUCCAAUUGGAAGGAUUGGAGUACCGCAACGACCUAUAUCCCCAUGACUUCGGUUCAUUCGAAUAUGAUAAGGAUGGAAAGCCCAUACAGUACUUUGAAGUUCGAUAUCCAUCUUCUAAAGCGUACAGCUUGGUUCGUGUGAGGAUAUAUUCAAAUUGGGGACACACUGUAUAUACUUGUGUUUAUAGGGUGCGCAUACAUGGUGAGCUAGCAAUUAAGCAAGGGCAGAAAUUAAGAGAUGACGGCGAUUACCUUCUAGUUGAGCAAGAGUAG